AUGAACGCCGUCCGAUGUCUGUUUCUCUUGGCCGCCGGCCUCUCUGUGGCCCUGUCUAUCAACGGCAAGUCACUCUACCAUUCUCAACAAAUGAUUCUGUGCACAAUGCCCGGCAGCUGGCCGAUUAGGGACGACUCUGGCACGCCUGUGGACGAGCUGGACAGGUCUUGCCAUGUGCACGACAACUGUUACGAUGACGCCCUGGAGCACCACCCAUGCCGCACCAUCUUCCACAGCCCUUUCAAGUUAUACUCCUAUAACUGUGAUGAAGCCAGCAAGACGGUCACCUGUGGCAAGGACAACAACGCACGUGAGAUGUUUAUCUGCGAGUGCGACAGGAAGGCUGCCGAGUGUUUCGCCAGAUCGACUUAUAACAACGAUCACCUGUCCAGCGACCAAUGUCAGUAGAAGACUUC